GCUCCCGCCCUGCCCUCGGAAACGGCUGGCAGCCGGGAGCGCCCGCCCACACUGCCUCCGUGCUCGGCCCUCCGCCCGCGCUACUGCCGCGCGUUCCCGCCACAAACUCAGGCCCCAAGGCCUUGAGUGGCGUGUGCUGUCACCCCACCACCGAAGCCCAGGUCUGCUCUGGCAGUUCCCUGGAGUCUGGUAUGGUGAGCAGGUAGGGGACGCCGGGCGUGCAGGACGGCAGGCAGUGUGGAAUAUGCCUCCACCAGCCAGCGCUUCUGUCAUUGGAGGCCCCGCCCACCCUGCCCAUGGCCUGCACCGGCCCUUCGCUCUCCAGUGCCUUUGACAUUCUGAGCACAGCAGGCCAGAACAAGCUCCUGCAUCUUAAGCACAAGCUGAAGAUCCUGCACCCAUGCUGGCGGGGAGCGGACCUCCUGCACGCCAUGGUGCUUCUGACGCUGGGCCAGGAGACCGAGGCCAGGAUCUCCCUGGAGGCCCUGAAGGCAGAUGCGGCAGCCCGGCUCGUGGCCUCCCAGUGGGCCAGCAUGGGCAGCGGCGCUGAGGCCACAGAAGAGCCCCCAGACGUGUCCUGGGCUGUCGCCCGGGUGUACCACCUGCUCGCCGAGGAGAAGCUGUGCCCGGCCUCUAUGCGGGAUGCGGCCUACCGGGCAGCCCUCCAGGCUUUCAGCUCCAGGGAUGACCCCCAGCUCAGGGAGCUCCAGGAGGAGGCCCGGGAACGGUGCGGGUGGGACAUCGUCAGGGACCCUGGGGGCUUCCAUCCCCUGCACUCUGCUCUGGGCUGCCUCCCGCCAUCCUCGGCAGCCCCCUCCGCGACCCGCAGCCUCCCUCGGCCCAUCGAGGACCCCGUGGACUGGAGCAGAGGAUGCUCCCUGAGAUCCACCAGCACCCCAGCCUCCCUGGCCAGCAACUUGGAAAUUAGCCAGUCGCCCACUGUGGCCCUCCUCAGCCAGCCCCGCAGCCCCCAUGGGCCCAGCAAGCUGUGUGCUGAGCCCCCGGCGCACCAGCCUGUCCCCACAGGCUGCCAGGAGCCUGAGGAGAUGAGUUGGCCUAUGUCGGGAGAGAUGGCCGACAUCCUGGUGCCAUCAAAUAGCCCAGACCCCGGGCUUCCAGAGAUGGCCUCAGAUGCAAGCCCCGCUGGCCCGUCCAACCCCUCUGAAGCUCCAGACACCAGUGCCCACUACCCGGUGGAAUGCACGGAAGUGUCACCCACCCCCAAAUCUCUCCCCUCGCCCUCCAGAAACACCUGCCCCAUCAAGGACCAGAUGCCACUACAAACUCCCAGAGAAGAUACCCCUUCUUCGACAGCCCAGCCAUGCCCCCCAAGUCCCCUGGCCCCGAAGACAUCCCCUCCCUGUCCUUCUCUGUCGACUCCUUGUUCCGCUCACCUGGCCUCCUUGAACCUGCGUCCCCCUUCCACAGAGGCAGAGUCAUCAGAGCAGAAAUUCUACAACUUUGUGGUCUUGCACGCCAAGGCAGACGAGCACAUUGCCCUGCGUGUCCGGGACAAGCUCGAGGCCCUGGGUGUGUCCGACGGGGCCACCCUCUGCGAGGAUUUCCAGGUGCCUGGGCGCAGCAAGCUGAGCUGCCUGCAGGACGCCAUAGAGCACUCGGCCUUCACCCUCCUGCUGCUCACUGCCAACUUUGACUGCUGUCUGAGCCUGCACCAGGUGAACCAUUCGCUGAUGAACAGCCUCACACGGCCAGGGUGGCAAGACUGCGUGGUCCCUUUCCUGCCCCUAGAGAGCUCCCUGGCCCAGCUCAGCCCUGACACGUCCAGGCUGCUCACCAGCGUGGUGUGGCUGGACGAGCGCUCUGAGAUCUUUGCCAGGAAGGUAGCCAACACCUUCAAGCCCCAUAAGCUGCGAGCUUGCAAGGCCAACUGGAGGAGGGAACAGGAUGCUCGCGCCCUGCGGGAGCAACGCCAACAUCUAGAGGGUGAGCGGCAACAGGCGGCUGCAUUAAAUGCCGCCUACUCAACCUAUCUCCAGACCUACUUGUCCUGGAACUCACAGAUGGAGCAGCUCCAGGCAGCUUUUGGAAACAGCAUGGCACUUGGGACUCAGUUGCCCUCUGGGGCUCAGGGGCCCCUGGGAGCCCGGCCACCCUUUCCUGGAGCCCAGCCACCCUUUCCUACCUGGCCCAGCCACCAGCCACCAAUCCUGCCUCCAUGGCUGACUGGCACCCCCAGCCCGGCCUUCCCACAGCCCCCACUGCCCCCACAGCCCCCACAGCCCCCACCCUUCCCACAAGCCUCACCUGUGUCCCCUCAGAGCCCAGGGCUGCAGCCCCUCAUCAUCCACCACGCGCAGAUGGUGCAGCUGGGGCUCAACAACCACAUGUGGAACCAAAGAGGGACCCAGCCACCUGAGGACAAGACACAGGAAGCGGAGUGACCUAGUGACAAAGCUUAUGACCUUGACCAUCAGAUGCCCUUGGGCUGUACCUUGGAGACUUCCCAUCUCCAGGGGUGCAGUGGAAGAUGGUGUCACCUGCUAUUUUCAGGACAUUGCUAGGGACACCUUCAUGUCUCAGGAAAUUGUGCAAAACGGAUCCCAAUGUCUCCGGCACUUAGGAAGGCCAGGGUUAGAUGUGGUGUUCACAAACUUUAUGGUGGUGGUGGGGAAUGGGCUAGGGGGUAUCAGUACGGUGUUUUAAUUAUAAUAAAUAUUUAUUGAAUGCUUGUCUAGCACCGUUCUCCUCUGGGAAACUGCUGGGAGAUUUGUUAAGAUAAAAAAACAUGCCUACUGUACCCGAAAAAGGGAAACUGAAGAGAAACUCACUUCUCUGCAGGGCACACAUCGGAAGUCUCCCAUAUCUGCUCCUUUCAUAGGCCAGAACGGGGGGGCUCCUCUGGCUGCAAAGGCAACUGGGAAAUGCAGUCUUCUGAGGGACGUGUGCAUUGCUGAAAGUAGUUCUAAUGCUGGAAGUGGGUAUUUAGCAGUUUCUGCCGCAGCUCUUUUGGGGAGUUGGGGGCGUGGGGCCUGCCUUCAUGUGUUCGCCGAGGCUGGGCUCAGAUCCCACUGUGUGAUUUUCGGCAGGCAUCUUCACCUCUUUGAGUCUCUGCUUUCUCAGAGUAGAUUUAUGAAUUCAGUGUUUCAAGGUCAUCAGUAAAUCAUCCCAUAACACCGAAACACCAGUGUCAGGGUAAGAACUUAUUAACUUUGCAUGCCUGGCAGGAGGGGAUUCAUCUUCUCUUGAGAAGACGAGUAGAAUUGAUUUUUGAGCACUCACCAUUAACAGUUCUGGAGGAUUUAAAUGUCUAAAUAUAUUUGAAUCUCCCCAAAUGACCCCUGAGGUAGAAGCUUCUGUGGUCAGGACAUGUAUAGAGGGGGAAACCGUCGACCCAAAGAGGUGAAUCCUGGUCCCAAAAGUCAUGGGUUGGAACUGGGAAGGUUACAAUGGAAGAAGCCAAACUGCCCAGGGAGGAGAUGGUGGGGGGCCCAGAAGGCCCUCCCCACCCAACCAUCUGAUUUGAACAUUCCCUCGUGUCCCCUUCCUGCGGUGCCUGCCGCCCCCAAAGAGCAGGCCUGGUGUGAGUCACCCGGACUGUCAUCUGCACUUGCUUUCAGUGGCUGACUCAUAUUUUUGUCAGGGCUCUGCUCCUGGCCUCCCAGCCACGAUGAAGUGAAACCCUGGGGAGGAAAUCCCGAGAUUAGAUUCUAGGGUGGGGUGCCAUCGGAGGGGUUUUGGAGAUACCCUGUCGUAACUGGACAGUGGCAGUGAAUAUUUGCUUAUUCACUGACUGAGCGCCUGCCAGGAUUUCCCCAGGCAGCAUGGUUUGCAGGGGUAGACAUGAUUGUCCCUUGCUCUCUUUUCAGCUGAAGGUGGAGGAAGGGGGAACAGUGAAUGAGUCAUCAAAUAAGGAAGCCAAGAUAACAGGGCCAAGCUGCGGGAGUAUCUCAGGAGAGAGCCCUUUGGCCCAGGGGCCAGAGAGGGCCUCUCUGAAGAGGUGGUGUUGGAGCCAAGAUCCAGAGGAAGAGAGGGCGCUGGCCACGGAAAGAACUGGGUGGGAUAGAGUGGAGAUGAUCUGGGCGGAGGAAACAGCUGGUGCAAAGGUCUUGGGGUAAGGCCAUGUUUGGCCGUUUCAGAGGAACAACUAGGAGGCCCAUGUGAUUACAGGACAGAAGGAGGGAGGAGGUGAGGGCUGGGAGAGGCAGGUUGUGCAGGGCCUUCUGGACCACAUGGAGGGCUUGAGUUCCCUGCUCCACUCUCCACCUGCUAAGAGAGUUGCGAGUCCUGG